AUGAGGUUGCGGAGUGCAGCAGGAGCCGAGAAGCGAGACUCCUGGGAAAACCUAGGGGUAUGGUUACUGCUAUCCGAGUGCAAAACUCAGCUGUCCAUUAUCGUUGGGCAUCUGUCCUGCAAUCCACCCCACUGCCACCUUGGCCAGCAGAUAACUGAUGAGUACACAGAUGGGAAGCCGGCAAAUGGAGCACUCAAUGGACUAGGCCAAUUAAAAAUCCAGCUCAAGCUCAGCGAGUGCAGCGUAAUCAUCAUCAUGGACAUCAUGGUCAUCAUGGGCAUCAUGGGCAUCAUGGAGCUGGGCAUUCUGAUGGUUUUGGUCUCCUUUCUGAGAGUUUUUCGGGGUUGAAGACGGCAAAACGGGAAAUUAAUGAUACUGCUCAAAACGCACUUGACUUGCCGCGCCUUAUGAUUUUUCUGAUUUUCGCAAUCUGGAACAGGGCAAUGUCA